CCUUAGAUAACUAAAUACAAUAAUUUAAAAUUUAUGUUAUAUCACUAGUACACAUUUACCACACUUACCUGCUCUAUUACUUCGAUUAUUGUAAACUUUUUUUAUCUUAUCAAUUAUUACACUCAAACAAGCAAGUGCAUCGUUUCAAAAAUUUAACAGUACUUUUCUGGACAGCUAAGAUGUAUUAUUGUAAAGUUUCAUUAACAUCUGUUCAUUACUUUUAUGUUUAAUACGACAAUAAAAAUCCUGAAAAAUCCUGAAAUUUCAUCGAUUCCCAUAAAAGCCCAUGUUAAUACAAUAUUUAAUAUCUAAAUAACAAGCUAGUUCAGGUUUCUGAAAUUUUGACAGUCAAUUUAUAUCACUAAUUUGAACUUUUCUACAAUGUUUCAUGAAAAUCUGUUUAUUUUGAUUUAGCAGCGGAACUCCCUUAAGGGAAACAGAAGAAAAAGUUGUACGACCAUAAAUCGUAUUGUCUUCACGUCGUAGUUAUCUCUUUCUACCAUCACUCUUGUUAGGAAUAAAUCGUCACAAACGUCGCGUCAAACGUCGGCAUCGACGUUUUGUCAUAUCACAGUUAUUUACUGUCUGCAAAAAUACCAGCGAAUUAUUCUCACAGAUGUAGAAAUUAUUGACUUUUCUUAAUUUCAGAAACAAAUGGAUUUUUUUUCGUUCUUCUAUGCCUUUUACGACAAACAAAUUCUUAAUUUUUAAAUGUUUCUAAUUUAUAAUUUUGAUAUCUUUUACGCAAUAGGCGUCCUAAAUACGCGGAACUUUAAUGAGGUUUUAUUGCUCGACAAAUUACAUUAUAUCGAUACGUCGAUAUUUGAGUUCAUACAAGGGAGGAUUCUUAAUUGAACUAUAUCAACAACGUCAUUCAAUAGAACCACAUCCCGCGCACGGCGUUUUGCGUCAUAUAAAAUCCGAUAUUAAUUAAUAAACAUACUUUUUCAUAUAGCUGUAAAGUUAUUCAACAUAAUUAGUUAUAUAAUUGUUGUAAAUUAAAACGCACGCUUUCUCCGAUCGGCCGUACCUCUAAUCUCGUAUAAACAAAGCUCCUAGUUCUAAUCUAAUCUAGGCCUUCUUGGACGAAAACAUCUGACUGGCUGUUUGUCUUUUUUCAUGAAAUAAAUUGCGUAAACGAUCGAUUAUUUAAACCGAAAUCGAAGCAGAUCAGUUAUCGUUUUCUCUUACUCCCUCCCUCUGCCCCCUUCUCUCUCUCUUUUUCUACGCAUUCUAUAUUGUAAAAAUAACGAGAAUCCAGAUAAGGGCUCGCGACAAUUAUCGGCAUUCGCCAAGGAAAAUUAUUUUCCCCUGACAUAUUGAAAUCUCUCAUCGAACGUUUCAUACUAUAUAGACUCCAUACAUUCUGCGUCGUAGAAAAUAUGUAUGUUAAAAAUUGAGCAAGAACAAUUUUCUGCAUCAAUUUUAUUCGAAGCUCGCCGACCUCGUUACAAAAUGAUAUUACGCUUGAUAAUAUUUUCCAGCCUCUUUCCUGCGUCUACUGGUGGCCAUAGUAUUAGUGCAUUAAAUUCUACCCAAACAAGCGUAAUAAUAUCACUUUACUCCCGAAAAAAAAUCGCGCGCCACGAUUAAACGAAGUUUAUUACAUCAAAUUAAUUGAAGAAAAACAACUCGUUAAUGAUAUCUUAACGUGUUCCCCCCGAUGCACUUUGCGCCUCGGGGGCGAAGUUUAGUUCCGUGUUUCUACGCAUGUUUAGCAUAUGAUGUGAGGCAGAUUUGGUACUUUGGAACGCGAUCCACAUUGGUUGGUUUUAAUUUAUCAAGAUUUACGCAAUAAUGCGGGUUCGCUUUCUCUAAUCUCCCGUUUCAAAAAAAAUUUUUCUUCUUUUUAAUGCAAAAUAAAACAAGCGCGACCAUAGCCAGUUCUCGAACAGUUCGUCGCAAAUAGUUACAAAAGGUAGCGGUAACUAAUUCGAGCUUCAACACCUACGGACACGCUCGGACCUGCGCUGAAGCUUCAGUAUGUCAGCGAGAAUUUCAGAUAAUUAAUAAAUUGAUCUACAACGACAUCGCGACAUGGGGAACGUGAUACAAUUAGGGGAAACCGAGGACGGGGAGAGCCUCAAGUGCAACGACACAGUACACGCGGACUUGCCGAUCGAGUUGCGCUUCAAUGACAGCCACUUGGUGACGAUAAUCACUUACAGCACCCUGAUGGUGAUAUCGGCUAUUGGAAAUAUUUCCGUGCUGACCAUAAUAAAGAAACGAAAGUCCAGGUCCCGGAUACAGAACCUCGUGAUGCACUUGUCGAUCGCUGACCUUUUCGUGACGUUCCUGAUGAUGCCGUUCGAAAUCGGAUGGGCAAGCACGGUGUCCUGGGAGGCAGGGGACGCGAUGUGUCGCAUAAUGGCUUUCUUCAGGACGUUCGGUCUUUAUCUCUCGUCCUUCGUGAUAGUUUGCAUCAGCAUAGACAGAUAUUACGCCGUGAUGCGACCUCUCCAGAUACUAGAUGUUUAUCGGAGAGGGAAGAUAUUGCUGAUGCUCGCGUGGAUUGGCUCCGUACUUUGUUCCUUGCCGCAGAUGUUGGUGUUCCAUCUCGAGACGCAUCCAAAUUACACUUGUUAUACCCAAUGUAUAACGUUCAACGUCUUCCCAUCGUACGUGCAUGAAAUCUCAUAUAGUUUGUUUGUCAUGCUAAUGAUGUAUUGGUUCCCCUUGAUCGUAAUAUUCUACACUUAUACCAGUAUUUUCAUGGAAAUUUGUCGCAGAUCUGAGGAGAGCGAAGACAGAAUACGUCGUUCCUCGAGCGGUUUCCUAAGCCGAGCGCGAAUACGCACUUUAAAAAUGACGAUAACCAUUAUCGCCGUCUUCAUUAUCUGCUGGAGUCCUUACUACGUGAUGAGCGUCUGGUACUGGAUCGAUCGACCGUCGGCCCUGAAAGUUGACCCACGCAUUCAGAAAGCUCUUUUCUUCUUCGCGUGCACCAAUUCGAGCAUGAAUCCCAUCAUCUACGGUAUCUUCAACAUACGCCAAAGGAACAAAGCGAAGCUUCAGUCCCAUCCUCUUCUGAGGCCCAUCAACACGACCAUGGAACUUCCGGUCGUCGCGUACGUCAGAGAUUCCAUUUUCACCGUUUUCGUAAUAGCCCUGCCGAUCCUCUUUAAUCCUCCGACCACAUAUAACAGGCGUUCAUCGCAUGACCGUAAUGGCGCCGAUGCGUACAGCCACCAUCGAGACCCGGGUCACGCCGCUGUCUCUAUCAGUCAAACUUCUCGAUUGACAAUGAACGCGACGUACGCCGGCUCGAAUAGACACGUCUGAGCCGACGGUGUUUGUGCGCAAAAUACCUUGCGUCCUCUUACGAAAAUAAGUUUCUCAGCGCUUCUAUUGCGAACUGCAUCUUACGGCAUGAUGAUCGCAUACACGCGCGGACGCCGCGAUCUGUCUCUGCGUGAAUGCGAGAACGCGGUUCUAUAUCGCAGUAUCGCGGUGCAAACGCAGAGCUAUUAAAAAGUUCCUCGUCUUACUCUGCCAGAUGCGUGAUGAGAUUAAGCUACAGCGAAACGGAUGCAUCUGUGAUCGAUCAAGCCGCGCCCGAUGGGAAAGAGGAUCCUCGGACGAAGUUACGCGAUGAAGGUGGAAAAAGAAGGGAGAUUUCUCCUGGAUGAACUCUGUAUUCGUUCGUCUCUAGAUGUAUUUAUUUUGACGUUAGAUAAGAAUAUUUAAAUGCCUAAGAAGAUUCUGUAGACUAAGUUAUUUUAUACGUAUUUCUUACGACAUAAGCAAACGCUGCAAAUACAACCGCAAACGCGCUUCGUCGGGUAUGUGUUCUUUUCUUUUUUAAUAUAUAACACUUUCGCGACACAAGGUUGUGCAAACAAGUUAUAUAAGCUAUUUAUAUACCGCUUAUGUUCCGUAUAUUUUUAUAAGGAAGAAAAAUAUGUCGAACAAAAUGUGUGCGUUUGCGUUCUGCGCGAUUCUCUUUCGUUAACUUGAAAGAAUAAACUCGCGUAAUCAAUCUGUAUGUUUCUAUCUGUACAUAUUUUCUAUCUAUCUGUAUAUUAUAUUUUAUAUAAAUAAAUAGUAAAACAGUUGUACAUAUAAUUUCUAAUUUAUGCCAUGCAUAUUGAUUACCAAUGUUUAUUUCAUUAAAUUAUUAAAAUGUAUAUUACCUCCAUCUAUGUAUAUCUUAAAAAAAAUUAUGUCUUCAAAUUUAUCUAGUUAAAUUAUUUGGAAAACUUUUAUUUUUUAAGAAUAAAGUUUUAGAAAAAAAAAAAUACAUUGCCUUUAUAUCAUAAAUUGAUUACUCAACAAUAAUUUAAAAUUAUCUACUUAAAAUGAUACAUACAGUUCCCUCUUUUAUUUGCACAAAUUUAAAGUUAAAUUAUUUUUAUUUUAUUUAACAUAUACUUGCAUUUUGUUAAUCUUUCUUUUAGAUAAUUUUAGAUAAUUUUUAAGUUAUUCACAAUAGCGCUAACUACCAUUCCUACUCGAGUAACGUAAUGUGCUAGACGUAAUGAUGUAUUUCGGUCCAUAACAGGUAAGGAAGUCAUCAUGAGCGUCUUUCCCGGAAUCAGACGCAUCGCUACAACAUUCGCCAGCUCACAGCUUGAAUUGAGUUAAAUCCGCGUGACUCCGUUCCGGGGUCUGGUAUAUAUGUAACGGGCUAGUUACACAUAUCAGACUCAACCCGCACAUAGUAUCCGCAAUGUCGGUCAAUUAGGAUGUAAAAUUGAUCGCGUGGUACGGCGCGGCCACAAAGUCUCGGUCAGCAUCCGACACGGCUAAAACGUAGUUAAUGACGGAGACGAAAUGACGGCAGCGGGCGAAGCGGUCCCUUUCGUUCCGCGCGUUCGUAACGGCGCGUGUAUCGCGUGGACGAAAAAUGCGGCAUGACGUAUCGAAACGGAAAUACAAAACAUUCUCGCGACAUUAAAAUCGAUAAUAGCGAUGAUGUAGUCCGUCCGUAAGUUUACGAGGUCCCACGAUGUUGCGACUAAUUAAUCUACUUGCAAAAUCAGAAGCAUCGACGAAACGUCGUCAAGUAUGAAAUCCGACAAAAGAGAAUUAAAAGAAGUUUUCCAAAAUUUAUAAUGUUGAGGUCACAAACGUCCAAUUUGUAAAAUUGUAUUUAACGUCACGACGUUUCUUACGCACAGAUCACGCUGAUAAGUUCAAUAGGCAGCGUUCGAUUGCUACGUUGAAUUCAACGAUUAAAUUUCGGACAGAAGACGCUAAUUAUUUUUGAAGACACCGUGUAUAUCACCAUGGAGGAAACUAGGCUUUCUGCAACAUGUCUACGGUUUGAAACUGGUGUGGAUGUGUAGGUGGGACCACUUCCCACACACGCGUAACUGGCACACUACAGCGACAUUGUUACAUACCUGUUGCAAGGUCCAUCGCAUCGAAAAGACCUAAACUCCCGCCACAGAAACUCUAUCCGAGAUUGAACUGACUUUUUAUCCGUGAAAAAAAUUAAUACAUUAAUAAGAAACCGGAGUUAUGAAUACAUAAAACUGCUGUUUCCAUAUAGAAUUUCUUUGUUGUCGAUAUUUGUAAGGACUAUAGUAGAGUGCGAUUCAAGGCUUUUUGAUGUCGGAUCGAAUCGAAUUGAAUUAAAUCUAAUCAUUGAAGUAUAACAUUCAACUAACAAUAUAAUUAUAGUUAAAUUGCAUUUUAAUAUAUAAAAAAUAAACUUUUAUCUAAAAAAAUUAAUAUUAAUAAUUGUAUAAUAUAUAAGUUAUUUUAAAUAUGAUUUUAUAAGAUUGUCAAUAUAUGAUUUGUAUUCAAAAUCCUUUAAAUAAUUCGGAUUUAAAUCGUACAGAAUCAAAUUUAAAUCAAAUCGAUCCAGAUAAGAUUCGAUUCGAUUCGUAUUCAAAUAUUUCGCAUAUAUCUAGUCUGUAGGUAUCAUUACGGUGAUGGUGACAGUUUUAUAGAUGCGAGUACUC